AUGAACGCUACAUCUGCCGCUAUGCCCAAAGCCGCGGCUCUCCCCGCUCGUUUACUGCGGACCUCGCGGCAAUACUCCAAGCAGAGUCCCUCCACCACCAUUCGGUCCUCAACCCCGGCCCGGACCUAUCAUGCCUCUAGUGCUUCUUCAGGCAACAAGCGCUUGCGCGAUGGUGCCUGCAGCAAGAAGCAACCUACAUUUCCUACAACAAGGACUUUCCAUACAACUGCCCCGCUUGCAGCUGUCUCUGACCCUUACAAAGUCCUAGGAGUCGACAAAGGCGCCUCUGCGUCGGAGAUCAAGAAGGCUUACUAUGGAAUGGCGAAGAAAUAUCACCCGGAUACGAACAAGGAACCCGACGCGAAAGAGAAGUUCGCAGAGGCGCAAACGGCAUACGAGCUUUUGUCCGACCCCAAGAAACGCGAAAAUUAUGACCGCUUUGGUUCCGCUGCUUUUGAUCAGAACGGGGGCUUCGACCCUAGCGGCGGCAACCCAUUCGGUGGCGGCAACCCGUUUGCUGGCGCCGGAGGCUUUCAUGGAUUUGGUGGUGGCUUCGGUGGAGGCUUCUCAGCCGAUAUCAACUUCGAAGAUCUUUUUGGCGCUUUCACCGGUGGCGCUCGCCGAUCUGGUCGGGGCCGUCGGGGACCCUUCCAGGAGGUUCUUGUCGGUGAAGAUAUUGAGGUCCAGACCAAUAUCUCCUUCAUGGAGGCUGCGAAGGGCACUUCGAAGGACAUUGUGAUCACUCCCUUGAAGGAGUGCGACACCUGCAGCGGUGAGGGAUUGAAGAAGGGUGCCAAACGCUCGCAGUGUCGUCAGUGCAACGGAUCCGGCACCCGAGUACACAUGAUGCAGGGUGGCUUCCAGGUGGCAGCUACUUGCGACGCGUGUGGUGGGCUGGGCAAGACUGUCCCCCGAGGGUCUGAGUGUGGGUCUUGUAAGGGCAACGGAGUGGUUAGGGACAAGAAGACCGUUCAGGUGGAUAUCCCGGGAGGUGUCGAGGACGGCAUGCGUCUGAGAAUCUCCGGGGAAGGUGAUGCCCCGCCCACUGGUACUGCAGCUCCUGCAGGCUCCCGUACGCAACGCGGUGAUCUAUAUGUGUCCAUUCGAGUCGCGCCUGAUCACCGAUUCAGCCGCGCUGGAUCCGACAUCCUUUACACAGCUUCCAUUCCUCUCACCACCGCUCUUCUGGGUGGCGAAGUGAAGGUGCCUACCCUGGAUGGCGAGGUCAAGGUCAAGGUUGGCACGGGUACUGGCACCGGCGACCGCAUCACUUUGUCUGGUAUGGGCAUGAAAAAGUUGGGUGGUCGAAGCCGCAACUUCAGCUCCACAGGUGACCUCAAGGUUGAAUUUAAGGUUGCCAUGCCCAAGUACUUGACCAGUAACCAGCGAACGAUUCUUGAGGUUCUUGCGGACGAGAUGGGUGAUACAACUGCUAAGCGUAUUAUGGAUCUCCCCAAGGACAAGGAUGGUGCCCCGUCUAGCCCAAGCGCCUCGACUGACGACUCCAAGCAUCCGGGCUUCCUCAAGUCCGCUUGGCAAAAGCUUAUGAACCACUCCGAUGCCAGCAAGAAAGACAAUGGCGAUGCCCACAAGUCUGACGGUGAUAAAAAGUCGGGCUCGAAUUGA